AUGAGCCCCAUCUCUGCUGAAUCAGACCAGGAGGACUCGGAUGCGGAACUGUGGAAGGCUUUCGAUGACGACACAAAAUUUCCUUCGAGUAAUGUUCUCAAGCGCAAACGUUUGUUUGCCGCAGAAUCGACUGCAUAUCGUGGGUAUCGCCGAGUGAAGCAACGUCGUCCUGCAAAGUCUUCAAUCCAGUUUCGCACCUCGUCCUGUCGCCUGGACGAAGCUGUGACGGAUCCCUACAUCAUAGCUGGCUUUCAAACACUUGAGGACGAGGAGGCAUUUCGAGGAAUCAGCCAGCUACCGACCGGUGUCAUUUGGGAGACAGCCCGCCUCGUCAGCUCCGAACGCCUUACUGAGGCUCGAUGCGAUGUCUUGGAGGGACUGCAGGGUUCCAACGCGGAUUCGGUCCCGCGAGCGCUGCAGGUGCUGACCAAGGAGCAAGCCCGAGGCAUCGAGGGCGACGCUGCGUUUUCGGCCGAACGACAGGCUCAGUGCCCCUGGUCCGAGCUAGAUCGGGAAGAACUUGCGCUGUCGGCGGAUCCGCUCGCUGGGCUGGGCAACUGCGCUGAGAUCGAGGACGGGGGGUAUUACGGCGGCAAGAUCUGCUUUGCGGGUGAUAUCGGGCUGGAUAAGGCGGGUGUGGCGACGAUUCUCUGCAAGUGGGCCUCCCGAUUCGCUCUCGGGCUGUCGAAUUCUGUCCCUGGCCCGGAAAUUGCGCCAGAACAUGUGGAGGAGAUACGAGAUCUCGGGUCCAGCGAGGGGAGUAAUAUGACUGACGGCUGUGGGCUGUCUACUCCUGCGUUGCAUCUCAAGGUCCGACGGAUGUUCAAUCUCGAGUCGACCCCGACUGCACUGCAAAUGCGGUAUGGAGGAAGAAAGGGCAUGCUUCUACAAUUCCCGGGUACGAAUCUGGACACGGUUCCUAAGGCUGCCUUCCGCGAUCCAUCACAGGUGAAAAUCCGGCUCGGGGCGCAGAGCCAACGGCACCGCGCGAACACCACUCUCGACAUUCUGCGCUUCUCCCGGACCAAGACCCCGACGCGCAUCUCCCCCGAGGUCAUCAUCAACCUCGAGCACAACGGUGUCCCGGCUUCGGUGUUCUUGGGCUUGCAAGAACGGUAUCUCGCGGCAGGCGUAGACGAUCUGGUCUUCUGGGCUCGCAUGACUAUGAUGGAGACAAUCUGGAUAUGUUCAAGCUCUGGUCGGCCGUUGAAAGAAGCGAAGGCGUGCAUUUUGCCCGCCGGCGGAUAUCGAGACGAGAUGGAGGAACAACACGAAGAGGACGAGGACGAGGACGGGGAUCUUACUGGAGAUCGUUUUGAUCGAGUUUUCCACGAGCGUUCGACUGCUUGGUGGCCCGAUUACAUCUCCGGAUGCCCUUCAUCUCUCGCCGAAACUGUGAUGGCACUCCUCGAUGCUGGUUUUACCCCGCAGUCUCUUCCCGUUCUCAGGGAUAAACUCAAACAAAUUGCACUGAAGAAAAUCAAGUACCGAUCCCAUCAUUUCAGAUAUGACGUCCUGCAGAGUGCAAGCGCUUUUGUUGUGCCCGACGCUUGGGAGGUCUUGGGCGAAAACGAGAUCCAUUUCAAGAGCUCUCGUCGAGAAUUCAAUGUUGGCUCGGAUGGCUUGGAGACGGACAUCAUCCUGGGGGACGUUCUGAAAAGUCAAAGCUGUCAAGAAAUCGAACUCCACGAUGUGGUGGAUGUGAUCGUUUGUUCGGUGAAAGGCUCGCGCCGGUUGAUUGACUACCUGGCUGGCGGUGACUAUGACGGGGACACAGCCGUGGUGAUAUGGGACAAGAGCAUUGUCGAACCAUUCAGAAACGCCCCGGAGAGAUUCUCUGUCGAACCGCGCGAACUCGCCGCGAAUUUCCAACGAAACGACACAUCUGUGUCCACCUUCAAUAUUAAUUUCUCCGGAACAUCAGAAGCAGAAAAGGUAUUUGAGUUGCAGUCGUACCUGCUUGGAUCGCUUCGCAAUCCGUCUAUGAUUGGGCGAUACUCGACGUUCCACGACAGUUCUAUUGUCCUGAAUGGAUACGAUCACCCGGAAACAAUCAUGCUGGCUUACAAAUUCUGCAAAAUUCUCGACUCUCCCAAGACUGGUUAUCUGAUCAAAGAUCAUGUCUAUCGAAACGACCUCGCACGUCCACACGGCAAUCCCCGCGGACCGAAGUGGAAAUCCAAGGCGAACGAGAGCCAAUUCGCGCACCAGUCAAACAGAGUGCCUGUCCAACGACGUUGCACCUCUGCCAUCCCGUCGCUCUCUCGUCCGUUCAUCAUGGAUGUUCUGCAAGACGAGGCGUCACGCCAGGAAGCUGUGUGGCUGCGAUCCAUCGAGGACCUCUUCCGGCCGUUCGAGCAGCAGUCUCCACACGUUCUCGAUGACGCGCUCGCAGAUCCGUGGCGCAAAUACGCCUCUUUUGCGGAUGCACGCGCGAAAGAGAAGGACGUCGGGCCGCGGAGCGAUCUGGGCAUCAUCGCCACCCAUGUGCAACGUUUGUAUGUUCGACACGCCCUUGUAUUGAGCGGACGGUCUGCCAAGGAAUUACCUUCCUCCCCUGCCAAGUCGCUUUUUACAGGCAAAGAGAUCACCGCUCGACAAGACGCACUUCGAACACUCUCACGUGACUUUGCGUCGGGCCCGAAGCUGGGCGAAUUGGCGACGAUGGCGGAUGAGGGUCUUGUGGCGAGGCUGCGCGCGUCGUAUGCGUAUCUUUAUGACUUUGAGAAGAAGGUGCACGCAGACGGUUGGUCUAGGUUUCCUUGGAAUGUUGCGAUGGGUGAGCUGUGCAAGAUCAAAGCGAGCUCGCUUGGCUCCCAUAAAGUUGUGACGACCUCCUUCUACGAGCGUGUCGCACUUGACGAGCAGCCUGCCAUCUCUAUCGCGCGCGCAUUGCUAGUUACGCCUAUGGGCUCUUGCUGCUCAACCCGCCGCAAGGAAUCUCCCGAAACGCGUCCUCUCCUUCGCGAAUCCUCCACAGAUGAGACCAAUGGUACCUAUCCCGGCCCCACGCGAUCGGGGUACGAAAAGUUCGCGGACGUGUUCGCAGCGCUGAGUGCGGGGAAGCUGCCGUCCCAAGAGCAGACCUCGACUGGUCUGAGGAGUCUGAUAUCUCUGGUCGAUCUGCAGAGUCCGAGUGGGCUCAACAGUGCUGGGCUGAACGAGCGCGAAGUCGAUGCCGUGGGCGCGGCGCAGGAGUUGCUGGACGCUGUCCUCCGGAUUGGACUGGAGAAGAACUACGACGACAAGAUACAGGAGCUGUACUAUCACGCCUCACGGACUUUGAAUGAUGCCAACGACGAAGUGCCAAUCCAGCUCAACGCGGAGGUCACAGUCAACGGAGCGCCGGUCAAAAUCGACCGCAAACAGAUCCCGGGGGAUACUGCGCGGCUAGUCGCAUCCAUCAAGCCCCUCACUCGCCUCCUGCUCACCGAAAGCGCGUUCCGCAUCCUGGUUUCGGAUAUCCUCACUACGACACGCGAGAUCGUCGCGGAAACCGCGUCCGAAAUCGGGCAGGCCGCGGCCAACGUGGAGGCUGCCGCAUUCAGCAUUGCCCAAGUGGCCACGACUGGGUCCGGCGGUGACGGAAAUGCGGCUAGCCAAGCAGAGGAAGCGGUAUUGGAGGUGAAAGAAGCGGCAGAGCGUGCUCAGGACGACAUUGCCGCCGUGGGUCUGCAAUCUGCAGAACGAGUCAAGGAGAACAUCAUUGAACGAAUACAACUCUCUGUCAGCCAGAUCCAAAGCCGUCCUGAAUACAAGGAUGCGAUGUCCACGGUGCUGCGGCUGCUGCAGAAAUACUCAGACAAGCUGGGAUCGUUGACAAAAGCAGCGUCUGACGAACAUGUUGCGGUUUCCGCUGAGAUCGAUAUGUCAGAGUCCUUCGCUGAAGCACUGGGAGACCUGAAGAUCCUCCUCGAGCGAUUCGCCUCGCACCACUCCCUAGACCCGUUGCUGCAUUCGUUCAAGGCGGCUAUUACAGAUGUGCUAGCAGCGCCGAACUCUGACUUGCGCGAGUACCUCUCCGUAGUGGGAGUCUGGUUCGAACGGGCACUGAGCGACCCGUCCUUUGCUCGAUCGGCGAAAGCCAAGCGUGGGGCGGAGGAGUUGUACGAUACGGGCAAGCUGCUGCUCGCGGCGCAAGAAAAUGCACGAUGGGCACGGGAUUUCCGGCAGAUGGUCUCGGAGGCACAGGCUUUCUCUGAUGCGCUCCAGACGGACAAGAGCACGCGACAGCUUUUACAGGCCAUCCAGCACACCGUCGCCGCCACCGAAGAUAUGUUCCUUAGCGUGAGAGGUAGAGGGUCGUGGCGGGACACGCUGAGGAGCAGGCUCCUCCGCUGGCUCAUCCCGCGAGUGCUCAAGAACAUCCGGAACUUGCCGAUGCCCCGGGUGGAGUACAAGUCGAAGACGCUCGAUGUCGCGGUCGACGCAGUGCUGCUGACACCGUCGUCGACCAGUGCAUCGCUGUCGCCCGACUCCGUGCUCGUGCAAAACUGGAAUGAAUUCAAGUUGGAUAUGACAGUCCCGGACGCUGUGCUUCAGGCCUCCAGUCGGACAAGGGCAAGGGUCGAGGGAGUGCGGUGCUCUGCACACGGAUUCGGGUACUUUGUCGACUACAAGGGGCCGCUCUCUUUCCUGCGAUAUUCUGACGAGGGCAUCAUCGACGUCGACAUUGGACAGCCGGGGGCCAGCGGCGAGGGAAUUGUGCUGGAUGUGGAUAUCGAGACCAUCGACGAGGAGCGGAGGACGCCGGGAGAACCGCUCUUCAAGGUCCGAGAUGUGACGGUCGACGUUCCAGGGCUGGCGUUCAACAUCCGACAUAGUCGACACUCCAUCCUCAACACCCUGCUCCUCCAACCGCUCUCAGCACCCGUCGUCCGGCUCGUCCUGCGGUCAGUACUAGAGCAACAAGUACACAGUGCCGUCGAGUGGGCGGAUCGAUUGGUGACUGCGGUGACUGAAGAGGCCGCGCGGAUCGGAGCAAGAAGGAAUGAAGAACCCACAAUACAAGACUACUACGCAGCUGCGUUAGCCACGGCACCCGCGUUCUUCGAGAGCUCGCCGUCGACGCAGCCCACUGGCACGUCGACGUCGCACACGGACGCUACAUUCAAAGGCAUCAUUCACACAACGAUGACCGUGCCCGAGAACAACGACGAUCCGGUCGAGGAGACGGUGCUCGCAGUGGGCGGAGGAGCGCAGCUGUUUCCCAACAAGGGCAUCCCAGAAUCAGCCGGCCCAUCGGUGCUGGAUACGGUCGUGGACGGGGCCCGCGAGCUCGUGGGGAAAGCGAAAGAACCGCUGCAGCAGCGGAGGAGCAGGCCUUGCGUGCGAGAAGCGAAUUCGACCGAGCGGAGCGCAGGAAGGAGGAGAGGGAGCAGUUCGAGCGGGUCAAGGGUGGCUGGCGGAGCAACGCGUUUGAUUGGACAGGAUCUACGUAGCAUGUGCAGCUGAAUCAGACUGGGAGGUUUUAGGCGGAAGCGGAACUGCGGUGACGUCCCCGUGUCUGAACAGGCGUCUGCCGGUCCUCGUGAUGCGCAGGACCGACUUGCAGUUCGGGUCUGGGCAGGCGACGUCGGUGUCCGUCGUGAUCCAGUCGUUCGCGUGCGAGACGCGCUGUUUCGCAGCGAGGAGCGAGAGGACUGCCGCUUGACGGGAGGUCAGCUUACAUGUCGGCGACGCAGGUAAUGGCACGACUUGCACAGCGAGUAGAUGGAGAAGCCCUGACCGGGGGGUAGAUGCAGCAUCUCCCCUUCGAGCGUAAAGUGGUCCCCUGGCUUGGCACCGCAGAGAAUGCGCUCUCCGGGUGGGCAUAUGACUUCGACGCGCAGAUCGUACAGCUCAAACGAAUCGUCCAUCAUAGUGCGAGUCUCAGUGACAGUGCGGAUAGAAACGCGAUCCACGUGACUACUAGGUGACAAAGACUGUUGGAUCAGAUCCCGAUUCGGAUAAUUAAAGUUCAUUUUCAACUAUUUACAAACUGUCACUGUUCGCGUCGAAAUCGACUGCCGGGCUGAAGUAACCCAGCUCCCUCGUCUCGCUGAGAUCGCGCGGAAGAAACGGAAUGGCGCCCGGGGCCGCGAACAUCCAGAACUGGCUCGCGGAGUUGUCUGCCGUCGGCGGAAGCAGCAGCACCUAGCCGGAAUGAUGUGAUUUCAGCGCCAAUGCUCAAUCGCUGCAGCAGGAAACGGCCGCUUGCCUCGGAUCCAGCGUCAGGGUUGUACGUCCACACCGAUCCGUCCGGUGCGCCAAUCUGCGCGCAAAAUAGGGAGGAUGAGCGUCGGCAGACGAGAGGAGUGGCUGGGGUUUUGGUUGGCUCACCGUCCAGUAGUCGAUGUGCGAGUCGGGGAUCAUCCCGCCGUCGCCCGGGAAGUCGGCCGUUCCGGAUAGCACGAGCGCGAACGUGCUGGACCUGUUGGCGGUCGUGCCGAUGUACUGGCCCUGCGCGCGCGAGAAGAAGAUCGAGUGAGUUAAUGCCAUUCACGGCGAUGCGGAGGAACGGAAACGCGUGUCACCUGUCCAGGGGUUACUUGCGCCCACCGGCCGGCAUCGACGCUGUGCAUGGUGAUCCCGUCGAGCGCGCCCGGGGGUGUGAGGACGUCCCACUGCAGUAUGUUGCUCGUCAGCCGUGGGGCUCUGCGCAGCGCGUGGACGUGGACGUACGAGGCUGUGGCCCCCCGAGAACGCGGGCGGGACGUACACGCGGCUGUGCGCCGCGUCGACGGAGACCGGCGCGUACGGGUGCGCGAGGUUGACGACGUGGUACUGCCCCGGCUUCAGCUGGGUCUGGGGGGGGGGGCGUGGGCAUAGUCAGUCUCGAGCGGAUGGCCACGUAUGGGGGAACCGACCGCAAAAAGGCCGUGGACGAGCAGGAGCGAGGUCAAGAUCUGGGCGAACAUGGUCCUGAGUGUGUGUAUCCUCCGAGUGGGCGUUGCGAACAACAGCUGAGGCCCACCCCGCUUGGGGCGGUCGAGGUUUAUAUACUCCCACUCAGGAAAAUAAUACUUAGGAUUCAUCGAUCAGCGGAGGAUCGGCUCUCGCUUCGGCGAGCGUACAUAAGAGAAGCGAAGCAAGACGGAGGUGGAGAAUCCUCCGCUGCGGUAAGCGCCCCACGGAGGUCUCCGCACGGCGGGCUUCCCCGGUUUAGGCUCGCCACGGGUGCGGAGGCUCGAGAGGAA